UUAAAACCUUUUUCAAAACCAAAACCAAACAUGGUGGUCAUGAUUCAGUCAUUUUUAUUUUGAAAAAUGUAGCUAUGCUAUGACCAACCAGUGUGCCCCACCUUCAUCUUUCUCAUAAAAUUUCCCCUUUUUAUUUUUAAAUGUGUACAUAUAAAUAAAGGAGAUCACUACUUGCAGUAAGAAAUGUGACCAAAAGUAUUCUGUAUCCAAACAAUGAGGCUGCUCCAUAAUGGGUUUCCCUUUCCCUUUCUUUUUCUUGUGGCUCUCCUCAUUACUGGAAGUGGAUCAGCAGCAGCAGAAGCAGAGAGGUCCACCUACAUUAUUCACAUGGACAAGUCUCACAUGCCCAAGGCCUUCACCGCCCCGCACCACUGGUACUCCUCCGCCGUCGAUUCCAUCAAGACCGCGAGCCUGGGAACAUCCGACAGUGGCCUCCAGUCGCCGGCGAGGGUCCUCUACACUUACGACAGUGCCGCUCAUGGGUUCAGUGCAGUGCUUUCCGAAGGCGAGUUGGAGACCGUGAAGAAGCUACCGGGGUUUCUGUCGGCUUACGGUGACAAGCAAGUGACGGUGGACACCACCCACACGUUUGAGUUCCUGUCACUUAAUCCGGUCACUGGGCUCUGGCCGGCGUCAGGUUACGGGAAGGACGUCAUCGUCGGCGUGCUAGAUUCCGGUGUGUGGCCGGAGAGCAAGAGCUACCAUGACGAGGGAAUGUCGGCAGUUCCCUCUAAGUGGAAAGGAACUUGUGAGGCGGGCCAGGAGUUCAACUCCUCUUUGUGUAACUUGAAGCUCAUUGGAGCUAGGUACUUCAACAAGGGAGUAAUCGCAGCAAAUCCCAACAUAACAAUCAGCAUGAACUCCGCAAGGGACAUUGACGGCCACGGGACCCACACUUCCUCCACCGCCACCGGCAACUAUGUAACCGAAGCCUCCUACUUCGGCUAUGCGACCGGAACAGCCAGGGGCGUUGCACCCAGAGCCAGGCUCGCCGUCUACAAGGUCCUCUGGGAGGAAGGCCGGUACGCCUCCGACGUCCUGGCCGGCAUCGACGCGGCGGUCUCAGACGGGGUCGACGUCCUCUCCAUCUCCAUGGGCUUCGGUCAGAACACUCCCCUCUACGAAGACCCCAUCGCCAUCGCUUCCUUCGGAGCGAUGGAGAAGGGCGUGCUUGUUUCCACUUCCGCUGGAAACAGAGGCUUCCAGAUUGGUCGCCUCCACAAUGGGAACCCGUGGGUCGUGACCGUAGCCGCGGGCUCCGUCGACCGGUGGUUCUCCGGGACCUUGACUCUGGGAAACGGGUUAACCAUCACUGGGUGGUCCAUGCUACCGGCUCGAGCCAUAGUCAAGAACGUCGAGCUAUAUUACAAUGAAACAAUGUCUCCAUGCGAUUCAGCUGAGACGCUUGCUGCCUUGAAUUUUGGUCCUCUAAUCCUAAUUUGCGAAAAUAAACAACAGUUGCCUGUCUCUAACCUAAUGGGCUCUCUCAGCGCUUUUUCCACACAGAGCGUACAAGCAGCAAUAUUUGCAUCCUACUGGCCGGUGGUAGACGACUAUUAUUUUGAGUUCAACGAUUUUCCUUUUCCGGGAGUGGUGAUUAGCUCUGAGGACAUGAAAUCCGUGAUCGAGUAUGCCAAGCUUGGUUUUUCUUCGAGGGCUAGUAUUAGCUUCCAGGAGACCACGGUGGGGACAAGUACACGAGCCCCAGCCGUGUCCUCCUACACAUCGAGGGGUCCAUCCCGAGCCUACCCGGGAAUUCUGAAGCCCGAUGUAAUGGCGCCCGGGACAUUGGUUUUGGCGUCUUGGACUCCGGUUAGUUUGGCGACUUCACUCAGGGGUAUGUCUCUGGCGAGCGAUUUCAAUAUAAUCUCGGGCACGUCCAUGGCCUGCCCUCACGUUGCUGGAGUGGCGGCCUUGUUGAAAGGGGUCCAUCCGACGUGGUCCCCGGCAGCCAUCCGAUCAGCCAUGAUGACAACCGCGAAUCCGCUUGAUAACACUCUCAGUCCUAUUCGAGACAACGGGUACAAUCUUGCGGUGGCCACGCCGAUAUCAAUGGGGGCGGGCCAAAUCGACCCGAACAGGGCGCUUGACCCCGGGCUUGUUUACGAUGCCACUCCACAGGACUAUGCGAAUAUCCUCUGCUCCAUCAACUUCACCACGAGUCAAAUCAUGACCAUCACGAGAUCAAAUGGUUAUAACUGCUCGAACCCGUCAUCGGAUCUGAACUACCCGUCGUUUAUUGCUUUGUACAAUGAGGAAGCAGGAGUUUUGAUUCACAAAUUCGAGAGGACCGUGACGAAUGUUGGGUACGGUGGGGGGACGUAUAAGGCUAAUGUGACAGCGCCGGACGGGGCUACAGUCACGGUCUCGCCAAAGACAUUGGAGUUUGGAAAGACGUACGACAAGCGGAGUUACUCUCUCACUAUAAAAUACAGGAGUAGCAAUCUGAUCACAUUUGGUUCAAUUGUUUGGGUUGAAGAAAAGGGGAAGCACACCGUGAGGAGCCCCAUUGUGGUGGCACAACGGGUCGAGAUCUCGUCAUGAUCGGUUAUCGUUUCGUUGUGCAUUUAUAUACUUCUUCCGUCCUAAAUUAUUUGUCCGAUCCGCAAAACAGAGUGUUAAAAAUAAUGUAAUUUUUGCAAGAAAAAAUUCAAACUUUUUUCACAAAUUAAUAAUACUCAUUGAUAUCUAGUAAAUUGUUAAAAAACUUUUGAUUUUUUCUUACAAAAAUUAUAUUAUUUUUAACAUUCUGUUUUGGGGACCGGAUAAAAAAUUUGAAACCGAAGAAGCAUAUAGGUUCAUCGGGUGAAAUAAGACCGGGGGCACAUGCACUGGCACUCGCAUAGGGUAGAGGAGUCACACGCGGCACUUCCACCCUGUGCGAGUAAAUUAAUAAUUGAUUAAUAAAUUUGUAUGUGCAACCCAAGUGUUUUUCAGUGUUGGGUGAUUGUUGCUCCUAUGAAUGAUAUGUGAGAUAUUUUGUAGCUA